AUGCAACUUUCCGAAGAAUCUAAGUGGCUACCUUCCAUUGAUCCUCUACCUUGGAUACACCCGCAGCGAACCUCGCCCUUCCAUCGUCAGGAAGAAGAAACCGGGCUUUAUAUGAAUCACUGGCAUCAAGCAGAGGAUGAUAUGACGGUUGUAGCAUACGAGGCGUUCAUGAAAUAA